AAGAAGAUAGGGCUUGUCACUUCUUUCCAGGCGAAAUAUGCUUUUAUGAGUCAGCCUUCACCUGUGGGCUUAGGUUCCCCGUCCACCCGUUCCUGAUGGAACUUUUAGAUCAUUUUGGUAUAGCCCCUGGACAGCUCAUGCCAAAUUCGUGGAGGAUCGUCAUCAACUGUAUGCAAAUAUGGUUGGCCUCCAACGGGGAUAUGAUCAGGAUAGGUGAGCUCACCUACCUGUAUCGUUUGAAAGAGUCUAAAGAGUGGGGGUAUUACGAAUUAGUCCCUUGGGAGAGAAAGAUUAGGAUCGUCAAGGGAUUGCCCUCGUCAUUCAGGUAUUGGAAGUCGCGCUUUUUCUUUGUGUCUGGGGACGACUUCGAGACCCAAUCUAGCAGUGAUUGGGGUGAUAUCCCGAGGUUGCUCCGUCGGUGGGGAACCCCGACCUUAGUUAAGAGACGGCCUGGGCUGAAGAGACGAUAUAAGGAACGCAUAGAGACCGCCAUCGGGUACGCUGAGACGAUUGAGAGCUGGGACGAGCUGGUUGACCCUCGAUCUCUUGCGUUUUACAACCUUGGUCCUGACCCAUCUCCUUUCGUUCUUCGUCAGCUUGGCAUUGAAGGCAAAAAGAGUAAGUUUUAACUUCGUCAAUGCUGAUUCCCCUUAUGUAUAACUUCGUCAAUGCUGAUUCCCCUUACGUAUACUUAAGCAAUUUUUUGACACACUUUCUUCUUGCAGAGAUGACGACAAAGUUCAACAAGGACAUGUAUGCAAAGAUGAGGUCAAAGAAGGA